AUGCACGCCCCUCGUUUACCGUCAGAUUGUUUAGAAUACAUAUUUGACUACUUAACAACCAGACAAUCCCUUCGAUCCGCAGGAUUAGUUAACAAAGAAUGGAACGCCACUGCCAUGCCGAUUCUUUGGUCUAGUACCUUUGCAUCAAUUAAUCCAAAAAUAAUACCAGUUUAUAUUAAAUUUUUGCCACAUGAAGUCAGGACAAAACUUAAAUUAGAAGACGAAAGUUUUCAUAAAUCAACAACAAUGAUAACGAAAUUAUCAAAUCAACGCCCGAUUUUUGAUUACGCAGCUUGUAUUCAUCACUUGGAUUUCUAUAUAAUAUACAUGUCGGCCGUUUAUUACUAUCAUUUACUUUCUAACGAAUCAGCAAGAAAGUUUUUUGAAGGACGAAAAGUUUGCAUUAAAAGUGCUUUGCUAGCUCGAGAAUUAAUUCAGAUGUUUAUCAAGAGAAGUAGAUCUAUCCGAACACUUGUUUUUGUAAAGUCUCGUCGUUAUGCUUUACGUCCCGUGAUAUUUUCUCCAAUAAAAAUUGAGAUUACCGCUGAAUCUUUGAGAAAUCUUCGCUUUUUAAGUUUCUCCGGAUGCUCUAAUCUUCUUCAAGAUAUGGCAAAAGUUUGCACACAGAUUGAGCAACUUGCAGUUCGAAAUAUUAACGCUAAUAUAAAUAAGGAUGUAAAAGCGUUAGGAGAAUUAAUAGCCGCUCAAACAAGGUUAACUUGCCUAUCAAUUACCAAUACCAAUUGUGAAACAUUAGCGACGAUUAUGAAGGAAUCACUUUUAACCUCGCAUAAAACAUUGAAAAUAGUUUCCUUGAGUGCAUGCGAUAUCGGGGAGAAAGUACUCAACUGGCUGGCGAAUUGUGAGAAUUUGGUUAAAUUAACAUUGGAUAAAUGCAGAUUUAAUGAAUUACCAAAAUCUUUUCAAUUGUCAAUGGAGAGUUUCAGUAAAUUGAAUGAACUUCGUGUACUACGUUACGGUCCACCUCCGGAAAUAUUUUGUUCUCUAUUAAAAAAUUCAAAUAGCUCUUUACGUGUUCUCUCGCUGCCUUUAAAUGGAAAUCUCUAUCCGAACAACCUUUUACAUAUUGCCAAUAGUUGUCCGAAUUUAGAGUGGCUAAGCACGGAAAUUACGUAUUCUAGUUUUCCACAAAUACAAACUCUUUUUAAGAAGUGUCGUAAACUCAAGGCUCUUCAAUUUAUCGACGGAGAAAUAUUAGAAAGUUUUGAGGAAGAAACCGAAGAAAUUAUGAUAGAAGACGCAGAUGGGCAAUAUCUCAAGAACCUAGCCCCUGAUGUUCCUCCAUCCAUGACGGAUUUUGCUAUUUGUACACGGAAAUGUUUCAUAUCGACCGAUGUUAAUGACUUUUUAAAGAACAUUUCAUGCAAGUUACAUACCUUUCGAUAUUUAUAUUAUGGGUGUAUUGUGGAACAUCUCUCAGCCAUUGAUGAUUAUGCAAAUAGUAUAGGGAAAACGUAUAAAGAAAAUAUUUUGAGUGGUUCAGUGACGUUUGGAUAUCUUGGAAUUCAUUUCACAGAUGAGAAUGAAGAAAUUUGA